UUCAUCAGCUCAGCAUCCUCUACCCUGUGCAAGUCAGCGGGAUUACCACAGGACCACAGGACGGGAGGACGCUGCAUCUAAUUAGCCAAGUGUCUCAAGAACCCUAGAUUACGGAUAAGGAGUGAGAGAGAGCAGUUGCCAUGGCGAACAGAGGACCCACCUAUGGACUGAGCAGGGAGGUCCAGGAGAAGAUUGACCAGAAGUACGACCCCGACCUGGAGCAGCGCCUGGUCGACUGGAUAGUGGGCCAGUGUGGGGGCAACCUGGAGAGGCCGCAGGCGGGGAAACACAACUUCCAGGCCUGGCUGAUGGACGGAACAAUCCUCUGCAGGCUGAUAAACAGCCUCUACCCCAGGGGAAAAGAGCCCAUUAAGAAGAUUCUAGAAACACAGAUGGCCUUUAAACAGAUGGAGAAGAUUUCAAAUUUUCUUCAAGCCACGGAGGCCUAUGGGGUCAUCACUACCGACAUCUUUCAGACUGUGGAUCUCUGGGAAGGUAAGGACCUGGCGGCGGUGCAGAGGACCCUCAUGGCACUGGGCAGUGUGGCGGUCACUAAGGACGAUGGUCACUACAGAGGGGACCGCGACUGGUUCCACAGGAAGGCCCAGGGUUACCGGCGGGAGUUCACCGAGGAGCAGCUCCGACAGGGUCAGAGUCUGAUCGGACUGCAGAUGGGCAGCAACCGCGGGGCGUCCCAGUCCGGGAUGACGGGCUACGGCAUGCACCGCCAGAUCAUGUAG